ACAAAUGUCACUUUUUCUUUUUCCUUUAUAAGUGUCUAAUCGUAUCCCACCUCUAUUUUGUAAACUAAAUGUCAACUGUCAUGUGUGAAAUUGAAAUGAAAAUAAACGAACUCCUUUUUCAAAUCCGAACAUUUAUAACGGUGCGAGGCAUAAUGCUUGUAAUUGAUUGUAGUAAUUGAUACUAUUUGUAACAGUUCCUUUUCAAUAUUAUAUCCCACCUCUAUUCUCUCGCUAAACUAAACGUCAACUGUCAAAAGUUUAAAUGUCAAAUUGAAAUAAAAAAUAAACGAACAUAACCUCUAAUUAAACUACAUUAGCUUAUAAUCAAUUGAUUUUUUAUUCGUUAUAUUUUCCACGAAAUAAAUGAUGCCUUCUUCAUCUUCUCCGUUUAAUGUUGACGGGGACGAUUGUUUCUUCUUCGAAUCCGAACAUUUAGCAUUGCGAGGAAAUAAAGAUUAUUGCGAAGUCGUGAAGUCUCUGGUAGUUCUUUCGGCUCAACGGGAAAAACUGAUAAAAGAUUACAAUAAAGUGGUGGAAAUCCAAAAAACCGUAGUGGAUAAUCCGGAAAUAUUAGCCAAAUUGGCCAAAGGGGAGGAUUUGGGCAUCGAAUUACCUCCCAUGUUCGACUUACACAAGCUCCCGGUGAUAAACUUCGACAAAUACAACGUAAAGCUGAAGCAAUCGGACCUCGAUGAAAUUUACACCGAUGUCGCGGACGAUCCGGAGGAUUGGAAAAAAGAACAAGAAAGCGUCAGAAGGGACAACUAUCAGACUUGGACGGCCGAAGAGCAGAAGAAACUCGAAGAAUUGCUGAUCAAACAUCCCCCGGAGCUGAUCGAACGGAGGCGAUUCAAGAAAAUUGCCAGCGAACUCGGUAAUCGUUCGUUAGCCCAAGUAACCAGUAGAAUACAGAAAUACUUUUUGAAACUUCACAAAGCCGGUUUGCCAAUUCCCGGACGAAUACCGAAAACUUUGGAGAAGAAAAAACCUUUUUCGCACAAACACCAACGGUACAACCACUUUUUACUGAAACCGACGACGUUCUUCCCCGAAUUCAACACGCCUGUUACCAUGAACGAGCUAACGGAAGAGGCUCCGGGGCCUUUUACCAAUCAGCCGUCCACAUCCACUUCCACAUCGAGCAAUUACUUGAUGGCUGUAAAUUACCAAUACGACGCCGAAAUCGCCAAUAAGAGCAAAGGAGAACUCCAAUUGGAUCUGCUAAAGAGGAUCAAAGAGGAGAAGAUGAAGGAGAGCGACGAUUACCAACAUUCCGGUUAUAAAUGCGAUUACUGCAAAUGCGAACCGAUAAUCGGCAGCCGAUGGCAUUGCAUGCUGUGCCCCGAAUCCGUGGAUUAUUGCACCGAUUGCGCGGUAUCGCAGAUGUAUUCGAACAACGCCCAUCCCUUUACCCAUCCGAUGGCCGUUUCCCGAGGGGACGAACGGUAUAAUUUGGGCGGCGGCGAAACGCGAAUUUCGCCGAUGGCGAACGAGGAAUCGUCGAACGACAGUUACGGAUUGGAAUUGGGCGAUAACGAGGAGGAGAACGAAGAAGAUUCGUCGGGGGGCGCGAACGAGGACGAAUUGGGCGAUAACGAGGAGGAGAACGAAGCAGAUUCGUCGGGGGGCGCGAACGAGGACGGUUCGAAUGAGUAA